GAUAGUUGUGUCUCCGCCCCUUCCCAUCAUCCCCUUGUUCAUUCCGCCCUGUCUUCUUUGCUUUAUUUCCAGCUCGCGACGUGCGGGGCAUCGUUUGUGAUUAGGGCCCCUGUUUGGCUAGUGUUAGGGGCGCGCGUGAGUGGCGCGCGACCCUUCAUUCUCGGUUGUCCCAUCCUCUUCCCCCGCUUUGGUCCCUUAGCUGAGAGCCCCGCGUCUUCCUCUCGCGCGUCCGGGUCGCCCGGAAAGCAAGCCCGCCCGCGCUCGCGACUAACGGCUGCGGCCUCUUGCAGCCUGCCCACCCCUCCCCGGCUAUCAGGCCUCCUCGGACCGCGCCAUGGGUGACAGCGAUGACGAGUACGAUCGACGGCGCAGGGACAAGUUUAGAAGAGAGCGCAGCGACUAUGACCGUUCUCGAGAAAGAGAUGAAAGAAGGCGAGGGGAUGAUUGGAAUGACCGAGAGUGGGACCGUAGCCGUGAGCGCCGUAGUCGGGGUGAAUAUCGUGACUAUGACCGGAAUCGACGGGAGCGCUUCUCUCCUCCCCGCCACGAGCUCAGCCCCCCACAGAAGCGCAUGCGACGAGACUGGGAUGAGCACAGCUCUGACCCAUACCACAGUGGCUAUGAGAUGCCCUAUGCUGGGGGGGGUGGGGGCCCAACUUAUGGCCCCCCUCAGCCCUGGGGCCACCCAGACGUCCACAUCAUGCAGCACCAUGUACUGCCUAUCCAGGCCAGGCUGGGCAGCAUUGCUGAGAUUGACUUGGGUGUGCCGCCGCCAGUGAUGAAGACCUUCAAGGAGUUCCUCCUGUCACUGGAUGACUCUGUGGAUGAGACAGAGGCUGUCAAGCGGUAUAAUGACUACAAGCUAGAUUUUCGAAGGCAGCAGAUGCAGGAUUUUUUCCUGGCUCAUAAAGACGAGGAGUGGUUUCGGUCUAAGUACCACCCAGAUGAGGUGGGGAAGCGUCGGCAGGAAGCCCGGGGGGCCCUGCAAAACCGACUGAGGGUGUUCUUGUCCCUCAUGGAGAGUGGCUGGUUUGAUAAUCUUCUCCUGGACAUAGACCGAGCUGAUGCCAUUGUCAAAAUGCUGGAUGCAGCUGUGAUUAAGAUGGAAGGAGGCACAGAGAAUGAUCUACGCAUCCUGGAGCAGGAGGAGGAGGAGGAACAGGCAGGAAAGCCUGGGGAGUCCAGUAAGAAAGAGGAAGGCCGGGCUGGAGCAGGCCUGGGCGACGGAGAACGAAAGGCUGGUGAUAAGGAUGACAAGAAAGAAGAUGGCAAGCAGGCAGAAAAUGACAGCUCUAAUGAUGACAAAACUAAGAAAUCUGAGGGCGAUGGGGACAAGGAGGAGAAGAAAGAAGACUCAGAGAAGGAAGCUAAAAAGAGUAGCAAGAAGCGAAACAGGAAGCACAGUGGUGACGACAGCUUCGAUGAGGGCAGUGUGUCAGAGUCUGAGUCUGAGUCUGAGAGUGGCCAAGCUGAGGAGGACAAAGAAGAGACCGGUGGGCUGCACAGGGAAGAAGGACUUAAGGAAAAGGAGAAGCCCAAGGAAGAGGAAAGGGAGAAGCCUAAGGAUGCUGCCGGGCUGGAAUGUAAGCCCCGGCCUCUGCAUAAGACUUGCUCCCUCUUCAUGCGAAACAUUGCACCCAACAUCUCCCGGGCUGAGAUCAUCUCUCUUUGUAAAAGAUACCCAGGUUUUAUGCGUGUGGCACUGUCGGAGCCACAGCCUGAGAGGAGGUUUUUCCGUCGUGGCUGGGUGACGUUUGACCGCAGUGUUAACAUUAAAGAGAUCUGUUGGAACCUGCAGAAUAUUCGACUCCGUGAGUGUGAGCUGAGCCCAGGUGUGAACAGAGACCUGACCCGGCGUGUGCGCAACAUCAAUGGCAUUACCCAGCACAAGCAGAUAGUGCGCAAUGACAUCAAGCUGGCCGCCAAGCUGAUCCAUACGCUGGAUGACAGAACUCAGCUCUGGGCCUCUGAGCCAGGGACACCUCCUCUGCCAACAAGUCUGCCCUCCCAGAACCCAAUCCUGAAAAACAUCACUGAUUACUUAAUCGAGGAAGUGAGUGCUGAGGAAGAGGAGCUACUGGGGAGCAGUGGGGGGGCUCCCCCUGAGGAGCCUCCGAAGGAAGGGAACCCAGCGGAGAUCAAUGUGGAACGGGAUGAGAAGCUGAUCAAGGUUUUGGACAAGCUCCUCCUCUAUCUGCGCAUCGUACAUUCCCUGGAUUACUACAACACCUGCGAGUACCCCAAUGAGGACGAGAUGCCCAAUCGCUGUGGCAUCAUCCACGUUCGGGGGCCCAUGCCUCCCAACCGCAUCAGUCACGGAGAAGUGCUGGAGUGGCAGAAGACAUUUGAGGAGAAGCUGACCCCUCUGCUGAGUGUGCGGGAAUCCCUCUCUGAGGAAGAAGCCCAGAAAAUGGGCCGCAAAGAUCCUGAGCAGGAAGUGGAAAAAUUUGUCACCUCUAACACUCAGGAACUGGGCAAGGAUAAGUGGCUAUGUCCACUCAGUGGCAAGAAAUUCAAGGGUCCUGAGUUUGUUCGCAAACAUAUCUUCAACAAACACGCAGAGAAGAUUGAGGAGGUAAAGAAGGAAGUGGCGUUCUUUAACAACUUCCUCACGGAUGCCAAACGCCCAGCUCUGCCUGAGAUCAAGCCGGCCCAGCCACCCGGCCCUGCCCAGAUACUCCCCCCAGGUCUGACUCCGGGACUCCCCUACCCACACCAAACUCCCCAGGGCCUGAUGCCCUAUGGCCAACCCCGGCCCCCCAUUUUGGGCUAUGGAGCUGGUGCUGUGCGCCCUGCAGUCCCAACAGGAGGACCUCCAUACCCCCAUGCCCCAUAUGGUGCCGGCAGAGGGAACUAUGAUGCUUUCCGAGGCCAGGGUGGCUAUCCUGGGAAACCUCGCAGCAGGAUGGUUCGGGGAGACCCCAGGGCCAUUGUAGAAUAUCGUGACCUGGAUGCCCCGGAUGAUGUUGAUUUCUUUUGAGCAGUCCAUUUUUCCCCACUCUACUGCCUGCCUCAUCCCAUCAGCUGAGAAUUUUUUUGUACGUUCAGUUUACUGCCAAUAAAAGC